AUGCUUUUUGGCCGCAAAGAUGCACAGAAGUCGAAGGAGCUCACAGACAUGACGGGCAAAGUGGUCUUUGUCACUGGUGCAAAUCGGGGAAUAGGAUACAUGACCGUCAAGCAGCUUGCACUUCAAGGAGCCACGGUAUACCUAGGCUGCCGAAAUGAGACCAGGGGAUUAGAGGCCGUAGCCAACCUCGAACGUGAGGUCGCCGAGGCAUAUAGCACGACAUCGUCGCCUCAACCCGCCCCCGGAAAAAUUGUCUAUCAUCACUGUGAUUUGAGUAGGCCUGCGCUUGCUAAGGAUUGUGGAGAUAAGUUCUUGGAGAGAGAAUCAAGACUGGACGUACUCGUCAACAAUGCGGCAGCUCUUCCAGACCCAAGUUUCACUCCGCAUGAUGUGGUGACGAUCAAUCACUUCGGCACCUAUCAGCUCACCGAAGCACUUCUUCCACUUCUCACGAAGACUUCACAGACAAAUAUAGAUGUCAGGAUCGUCAUGGUUUCGACCAACGGUCAUCGCAUGGGACGUGCCAGCAACCACAAUAUACGAUUCAGAACGAGAGAAGACUAUUUUACAGACUACCACAAGGACUUGAUUCCAUUGUGGCAAGCAUACUGUGUGUCCAAACUGGCGUUGUUCUUGGCGACUAAAGCCCUUCAACGGCGACUUUUAUCCCCUUCGCCUUCCGGACCCGCUACCCAUCCUAUCACUUGCAUUUCAGUACACCCCGGCGCGGUCAACACCUUCUCCAACAGGGUCCCAUAUUUACCAGGGUGGCUGGUGACGCCUAUCGUGAAUCUCUUCUUCAUAAGUCCAGAAGCUGCAGCGAAAACCUUGUGCUACGCCGCUGCGUCCCUUGAAGUAGCUGAGGAUAAGGAGAAGUUCAGAGGGGCCUACAUUCUUCCGGGGUUCAAAAUUGAGCCCGACACGGACAUUACGAAGAACGAAGCUCUGCAAGAUGAGGUUUGGGAGAGUACAGUCGAAAUUUUAAAGGCUUGGCCAGAGGCAGAACAGGUGGCUGCAUGA